UCACUCUAUGGAGCAGGGCAGCUUUCCAGUCUCUACCCUCCCUUCCCUCUGACAGAACAGCCUCCCUUCUUCUUCUUCUCCCUCCUCCUGUCACAGGACAGCCUCCCCCUCCUGUAUCACAGGACACACUGAGCACCCCCCUUGCCUGCUGGAUGACAGGACGCUCCUACCCGGGUCUACACCAUGAAGGGCUAAUUAAAAAGAAAAGAGCAAAACAAGAAGGGAGCUAAGCCUAGGGCUUUGCGUGGGGCCGUCCGCCUACAGCGGCAAGUACCUAUGUGAGCCAUGCUGGAUGUAUCCCAGAGGUGGAGGAUGCAAUAGGUGCAGAUCACAGUCUGGAACUGGGUGAAGAAACAAAAAAUAAAACAUCAAAAAGGCCAGUGGAAUAGAUGAGAGGCUGGCCAACAGAAAUCUCCUGCUGCACCGAGCAGCGUCACCAUGGUAACCAGAAAAUACAAUUAAAAAGGCAAGGGAAGCAGAAGCAGAUGAGUAGCCUGCUCCUUACCUUUGGACAGAAGGAAGCAAAAUAAUUAUGCAGAAGAGAAAAGGGUAUAUGAAGGAUACGGUCACCCAGUGGAGACGGGAAUUGUCUUUUCAUUAAAAAAAAGGAAUGUGUCACUUCAACCUCAAGGGAAGGGGAGUGCCAUGACAUCUGCUGAGGAGACCAUCUACAUGAGGUUGUGUGCUUCUUUUUUACACACUUGUUAGGGUUGACACUUACUGUCCAAUUUGAUUGUUAUCUCACCUGACACAAAGGUUAAACGAUAAAACAUCUCUGUCAGAUAGAGAGGAAGGAUAAAGAGAGAGGGAGAAUCUCCACCUCUGGCAACCACCUACCAUGGGAUGUCGGCAAAGUGCGGAGGAGAAAGAGGCAGCAAGGCGAUCGCGCAGGAUUGACAGGCACCUGCGCUCUGAAAGUCAGCGCCAACGACGAGAAAUCAAACUGUUGUUACUUGGAACCAGCAAUUCUGGCAAAAGCACCAUUGUCAAGCAGAUGAAGAUAAUUCACAGUGGAGGGUUCAAUCUAGAAGCAUGCAAGGAAUAUAAACCCCUCAUAAUUUAUAAUGCCAUCGACUCACUCACUCGCAUCAUAAGAGCACUUGCCACUCUGAAGAUUGAGUUUCACAACCCUGACCGCGCAUAUGAUGCCGUACAGCUCUUUGCGUUGACUGGCCCUGCCGAGAGCAAGGGUGAAAUAACAUCUGAACUGCUAGGAGUGAUGAAGCGACUCUGGGCAGACUCGGGAGUGCAGGAGUGCUUCUGUCGCUCUAAUGAGUACCACCUAGAAGAUAAUGCUGCUUAUUAUCUCAAUGACCUUGAGAGGAUAGCAGCAGUUGAGUACAUCCCGACAGUGGAAGACAUCCUGCGAUCUCGAGACAUGACCACAGGCAUUGUGGAGAACAAGUUUACCUUCAAAGAGCUUACUUUCAAGAUGGUCGAUGUUGGGGGUCAGCGGUCUGAACGGAAGAAAUGGAUUCACUGCUUUGAGGGUGUGACAGCUAUAAUAUUCUGUGUGGAACUCAGUGGAUAUGACUUGAAGCUUUAUGAGGAUAACCAAACAAGCCGCAUGGCAGAAAGCCUUCGCCUGUUUGACUCCAUCUGCAACAACAACUGGUUCAUCAACACUUCUCUAAUUCUCUUCCUCAACAAGAAGGACCUCUUAGCUGAGAAGAUCCGACGCAUCCCACUCACCGUCUGCUUUCCCGACUACAAGGGACAGAACACGUAUGAGGAAGCAGCUGUCUACAUCCAGCGUCAGUUUGAGGACUUAAACCGCAACAAGGAGACCAAGGAGAUUUAUUCACACUUCACCUGCGCUACGGACACCAGCAACAUUCAGUUUGUAUUUGACGCAGUGACAGAUGUUAUUAUCCAGAACAAUCUGAAAUACAUCGGCCUGUGCUGAGUGUUUACACUGGAGCCUGCACAGGAAAUAGGGCACAUCUUUAACCCUGAGACCAUGUGCCAGGGGGGAAAAAAGUAAACACUAAUAUAAGGGUGAGGCUACUAAACACAGAAGUUCCCCACUUACAGCACUGAAAGUCCAGAGUGAACCCCUCACCCACACAAACUUCAUUUUCACGGGGAAGGAGAUCAUGGCUGGAUGUCUUCAGGUUGAUAAGGUGUCCAGGAAAAUGAUGUAUGUAUUUGCUCCCUGUAUCAAGUAUGUGUGGUGUGCGUGUGUUGUAUGUUGAUCUGUUUGUGUCUGACUGGUGUCUGAUAUGAUAAACCUAUGAAGAUCUCUGGAUUUGUGUGACAUUUUCUGGCUGCCCACGAGGAUCUAAGAUGUGUCAGAUAUGGAGCGGUCAGUGUAACUGCUGGGUUCUGACAGAAAGGAUGCUUUGUUGCCAGCACCGAACAAACAAAAAAUAAAACACCUGGCACCUACUGUAUGUGCCAAAGCUACACAGGGUUCAGUAUUUUACUGUUGUGCAUUUGCAACACUUAGCUGCAUAAUAAGAUAACAUUUGGGUGCUUAAAUGGCUGCAGCUACAGAGAAAGCAAGCUAACCCGUGUUCUCAGUCAUGUAGCUUUACUUCAUAAUGAGAUGCACAAAGCAAAGUGAAAUUCUUACCACCCUCCUCAAAAACAAUAGAAAUAUUUCCUAGACUCAUACUAAAGUGUUUAUUAAAGUGCAGAUCCUGACAUCAGAGAGUAUACAUUUGAACAGUAUCUAAUGACAUUUUUGGAACAAGCAACUAGUAUGAUUUAUAGAUAGUAUAUCAUAUUAAAUACUAUUAAAUGCCAAUAUAAAGUAUACAAACUUGAAGGGCUUUCUAUCUUACUUAACAUCCAACUGAAAACCUCCAGAGUUUUGUUUUUGUUUUUAAAGUUUUUUUUUAAGGUCAGGCUUACUCCAUAAUGUAGAUUAUAAUAAAAUUGCUGAUGUAUCUUUACUGAGUAUGAUAUAUUUCCCAUCUAGAGCAAUAUUCAAUUAGUGUCGAAAUUUUCGACAGGGCGGAAGGACGUCACUUUCCGCCGAUAAUCAGCACUUCCCGACACUUCAUUAUUCAAUUAAAGUGCCGGUUUUCCGCUCUGUCGAAAAUGCAGAAAUGCUGAAAAACACAUGGAUGAGCUGAAACUUGGCUCAUCCAUGUGUUUUCGACCCUGCCGCUGUCGAAAACGGGUCCGAUUUCGACCAUUCAUUUUCGCUCAUAAGAGAGGAUGAAAAUUAAUGGUCUGAAUCUGUGGGGAAACGGGCGGAAACAGCCCGCAAUAGAAUAGUGAAGUGUCGGACUCUCAGUGUUGGAGAGGAUCUGACACUAAUUGAAUAUGCCCCCUAAACUGAUAAGCCUGUUUUGCAGCUGCUUACUGUUGCAACUGAACAACAGUAGUUAAUAUACUAACUUAGGUAACUAGACAUGUUUGUCUGUAACCCUGAAAGUUCCCACCAUGUUUUGUAGGCUAUCCAGCAGUGUAUCUGCACCACAAGAGCCUGUACUUUGCCAUCUGUGCUUUGCUAUAUUGUAAUACUAGAAUUUCUCGACCUAUCCAACCGCCACCACCAAAUCUGAUGCAAAAAUGGCGCUGAACAGGCUCCAGCUGCCGGCUUUCCACACUAACAUAACUGUUGAGAUCCUUUAUCCUGCAAAGUCCUGCACUAUUUUUCAAAAAGAAAAACACAGGACAUUUUUAGGACAUUUAAAAAAAAAAAAAAAAAGUGCUUGACUAUUUUUAUUUGUUAAGAAAAAAAUAAAAAAAGGAAAAAAACACUGGAAAAAUAUAAAACACUGGCUAUUUAUUUUGCAAAAAACAAACAAAACAAUGAAAAGAAACUUUCUGCUUCUAAGUGUUCACACUGAGAAACAAAGACUUUCUGUGUUAAAGAUAAACAGUGUGGCGAGGCCUACCAUUUUUUAUUUCCUUAAACCUACUACAUUACUAAGGAGGCGUCAGUGGAGCAAUAUGAACAAUAACUCAAUGUGAUAAUCUAUAGGCCCAUCGUAAGGACGCAAAGUUCCUCUAUUUUCUGGCAGUAGGGUUGCUAAUUCUGGAUGCCUGUGGGAAGUCUGUGUGUAAAUAAGUGAGACCAUGUAAAGCACAUCCACUUGGUAUGUUAAUUCCUCUCCUUCCAGCUUCAUGUGUAACUCAAGUCACACAGUGUCCUCCUGAAAAUAUAGCACCCCAAAAAAAGUGUAUGACUCCUCUGCCAAGGGCUUAAAUCCUCAGGGUCCGCGAGGCCUGCAACACACUAUGUACCUGUUACAUGGCGUUGCCCAGAGUGCCUUGCAGGCUUCUUUGCCCCUGAAGACUGACACUACAAUCUCAGAAUGAAAUCUCUACUGGCGAAAGGGAAAUAAAGAUUUUGAACGGUU